AUGCAGGUUGCGGCUGGGGCGCUGAGCCCCCCACUCCGUAAGCUCGGCGACCUCCUCAUGGACGAAUUCACCCUCAGCAACCGCGUGAAGAAGGACGUCAAGUCCCUCCGCACCCAGCUGGAGAUGAUGUAUGUCUUCCUCCACAAGGUCGGCGACAUGCCGGCGGAGCAGCUGGACCCGCAAGUCCGAAUCUGGGCGGACAAGGUCCGGGAGCUCUCCUACAACAUGGAGGACGCUGUGGAUGCGUACAUGGUCCACCUCUACGACGGCGUCCAUGGUGAACUCAGCCCCAACAACAUGAAGAACAUAGUCAAUAAGUUCAUCAAGCGGACCAAGAAGCUUUUCAGCAAGGGCAUGGCUCUCCAUCAGAUCUCUGGCGCCGUCAGAGAUGCGAAGGAGCUCGCCAAGGAGCUCGGCGGGCUCCGUCAAAGGUACGCACUUGAGGCCCGCGCCUAUGGUGCCUGUAAUAUCGUUGAUCCUCGCAUGAAGGCUGUGUACAAAGAUAUCACAGAGCUCCUGGGCAUCGAGGAGACAUGGGAUGAGCUGAUUGAGAAGCUAAUUGAUGGAGAUGGGAUGUCAAGGCAGCAAUUCAAGACGUUGUCUAUCGUUGGAUUUGGAGGAUUGGGCAAGACAACACUUAGCAAAGCGGUGUACGACAAGAUCAUAGCGCAAUUUGAUUGUGGAGCGUUUUGUUCAGUCUCUCGGAAUCCUAAUAUGACAAAUAUUUUCAAGAAGAUGUUGUACGUACUUGAUAGGAUUAUGUUUGCGCACAUCAAUGAGGCUGUAAGGGACAAUCAACAACUCAUCGAUGAGCUGAGAGCAUUUCUUCACGAUAAGAGGUACUUAAUCGUGAUUGAUGAUAUAUGGAGUGAAGAUGCAUGGGAAAUUAUCAAGUGUGCUUUCUCUAAGAUGUCUCUAAAGCAUGCAUGUUGCCCAUCUAGUGGUGGUAUUAUUCAUAAUAUUAAAUCCCUUGAUGAUGGUGACUCCAGAAGACUCUUCAACAAAAGAAUAUUCUCCCAAGGAAAAGGCAGUACUGCAAAGGACAUGCAGAGGAUACUAUCAUUUAGUUAUUAUGAUCUACCUUCCCACCUAAAGACUUGUUUGUUAUAUCUCGGUCUAUUCCCAGAAGAUCAUGACAUAAGAAGAGACCGGUUGAUAUGGAGGUGGAUAGCUGAAGGCUUUAUCCAAGCUGGAGAAGAAGAAAUUAGACUAUUUGAGCUCGGAGAGAGAUAUUUCAAUGAGUUGAUAAACAUAAACUUGAUUCAACCAAUAUAUGUUGAUGUUGAAUAUAGGUCGGAAGGUUGCCGCGUACAUGAUAUGGUACUUGAUCUGAUAUGUUCUCUGUCUAGUGGAGAAAACUUUGUUACUAUAUUGGAUGGUACUAAGCAAAGCAGAAGUAAUUCGGAUAGCAUGGUUCGCAGGCUAUCCUUUCAGAAUAGCAUGUCAGAGCUCACGACCCAUCGGAUCAACGCCACAAGUAUGUCAAAGUUGAGGUCUGUUACUCUCUUUAGAACUGAUGUUAAUCUGAUUCAGACUCUUUCAAACUUCCAACUUUUGCGUAUAUUGGAUCUAGAAGGUUGUGAUCUUAGGGAAAGUAGUCACAUAUGCGUUGAGAAUUUAUUACAUCUGAGGUACCUAGGGUUACUGGAUACAUAUGUUGGUGUUCUCCCCAUGAAAAUAGGAAAGCUUCAUUUUUUGCAAACAUUGGACUUAAGAAUACAUGGAUUUGAUGAGGUUCCACCAGGUGUUGCUCGGUUAAGACAUUUGAUGUGCCUAUAUGUUUACACAAAUAUUGCAUUGCCAGUUGGGAUAGGGAACUUGGUGUCCUUAGAACAGCUGAAUACCGUGUGUGUGGGUGGUAAUGAUGCUAUUGAGAAGGAGCUAGGGAAGCUGAUGGAGCUGAGGGUACUUGGACUUUUCUGGAAGGGAGGCAACGAGAGUGUGUGUGAUUCUUUGUUGAUAUCCCUCGCCAAUCUGCGGAAAUUGCACAGAGUGGAUAGAGUGAGGCCAGAGGUCGACAUUCAGAUCCUUGGGAAUUUUCCUGCUCUUCGCUCCCUCCGUGUGAGAACCACCAGAGCCCAAUCCACUCCUAUCCAAAGGUUCAUCAUUGGCGCGGAUACAUUCCCUUGCCUGAGAGAUUGUGGAUUCUAUUGUUUUCAGACGGGGCCAUCUAUGUUUCCACGAGGAUCUAUGCCCCGGCUGAAAUCCUUUAACUUCUUUGCCCGAGCGUCUCACCUCGUUGAUGGUGACAUGAACAUCGACAUGCGACACCUUCCUUUUCUCCAAAAAGUCACGGUUUGUCUUUUGUUUAAGGAAAACUGCUUGGCAGCAGUGCAAAAAGCGGUUGAUAUGCUGGAGCUCGCAUUGGAUGCCCAUCCCAACCGUACCAACUUUCAUUGGAGUGAGGCUCCCAAGGAGAAGGAGACCCAUCCAAUCUUGGCAAACAGCCCGCUCCAGGCAAGAAAUUGUGUGAAUGUUGGAGUCGACGGCGCGCUGGUGCCUGCUAGCUUCGCUGGCCGCCUCGUCCAGGCUGAACGAGCGAGCUGCCGGCGGCCCGGCCGCCUGCCUCCCCCAGCCGCGUGCCUCUCCCGGCCCCCGUUGCUCUGCCUGGCUGCCCCCGGGCCCUCCUCUGACUGGCCGCCUCCGGCCACCCCUCAGCCCGGCCGCCCCCGGCACCUCCUCCGUCGGGCUGCCCCCGGCCCCUCCUCUGCUCAGGCCGCCCCUGGCCCCUCCUCAUCGAUCUCCCGCAGCCGAGUCCAUGCUCGCUCGUUUGCUGCUGUUUUCCCGAUCCAGAUCGGGUCCUCUCUGAACGUUGACCAAAAAAAAGAAGAGAAAAGAGGCAGAGAUUCCUCAUGUCUUCUUCGGGCUAUAUUGCUGUUCCUCGGUGCUCAGUGA